GAGCAAAGCGAGAAAGCCUCCACGGCAGUGGCUCCCGGAGGGCUAGCGGAGCGACAUCGAUGACAUUUUCCUUUCUUUGAUAUAUGCUAGUGAGUCACGUGCUAUUAUCUUUGUCACAUUCCUUGCACUUACAUGGCCACGCGUUUGAGCACGUGAAAGCAUCAGACACACUGAAAACAAUCCAAAUAUCACGCCACAAUUCUCAGACAUCUUUGCAUGGCACAGCCCCUCUCCAGAACCUAGACCAUUUGACAACAAUGACGUCUUUCAUUGUCCCCUCCAAGAAUUAUUUCUUACCUCUCUCUCUCUCUAUGGAUUUCCCACGAAUUGGACGCCGGGAUCCAUGCCAUGGUCGUACGGAUGAAUGUAUGCUGUAUGCGUCGACGGCCAAAGGGCAGACACAUAAGAUGUUGAUAGCAUCGCGACAGAAGAGAAGGGAAAAGAAUGUAUGCAAUUCAAAUCAAUUCAAAUCAUUUUCUUCCAUGCGUGUAUGUAUGCGGGUGAGUACAGGUACGGGCAUCCAAAUGACAGACCCCAGUGACAUGCCCAACUCGUUACAAACCACACAUCACGCCAAAAUAGAAGACCAGGCGCAGUGAUAGCAAUAAGAAUAAUAAAGCCGACGACAUUUCACUAACUGACAAUCCUCUUUCUCCUCAUGCUUCGCUCUUCGCUCUUCACUCUUCACUCUCCACUCUUCACUCUUCACUCUUCACCCCUCAUCUCAUCCCAUCACUCCUCAUCGUUGCCCAGCGCCCAGUGCCCAGUGCUCAUCGCUCAUCAUCUACCCGUAUAUGAACAUCAUAAAUCCUUGAACCCUUGAUUUUAUCCACAAAUAUCACCAUCCAAGCCGUUCUAACCUCUUGUCAACUCUUGUCUUGCACUCCACCGACGUCUAGUUUUUCGACUUCUACUCGGGUAGCUCUCACGGAGGGUAUUUACAUUAACCUCUCUGCCCAUUUCGCCAUAUCCACGACUUCUGUAUCUUAUCUCUCUCAAGUCUUAUCUCAAAUCUCACCACCUCGUCCUUACAACAGGACUCUUUAAUGCCAAACGAAUAUUACGACUCAGAUUCAGAUUCCAAUUGGCAUUUAAACAUGAAGGCCACAAUAUGGCGAGGCCUUAUGGCCAUUGGCAUGAAGUUUCAUCAUUUUGCAGAUCCCAAACCUCCAGCUCCUAAUUUCAAAAUCCGAAUCCCCUCGAGAUUAUGUCCCCGCGGGGGAUACUUCAACCUCAUUUUCUAUGUUCCAGAAUCAUAUAUCGAAGGCUCAGAUGAGGAUCAGCGUCGAUUUCCCGUCGUGGUAAAUUAUCACGGAGGAGGCUUUACUUUGGGAACAGGAACCGAUGAUGCGAGAUGGGCUUCUGCGGUCAUUCAUACCGUCGAUGCGGUAUUCGUCAGCGUGGAAUAUCGUCUUGCGCCUGAGUAUCCAUUUAGUGUGGGAGUCGAAGAUGGCACCGAUGCCGUGAUAUAUCUAGCCGCACACGCAGAAGAAUUACGAUUAGAUCCUCAUCGAAUGGCGCUAUCUGGCUUCAGCGCCGGCGGAAACUUUGCAUUCACAGUUCCACUAAUGCUGCACGAUUUAAGACAAGAUGCGGGAAAACGCACACUCGCAGACUUGACAAGUGCAACCACACAUGCAGAUGGAACGCCCUCUACAAAUGUAAGUCGACAAGAUCUCGAUAAAGUAAAGUACGAUUCUUCCGGCGCGGCCGCAUCAUCAAGUUCACUUACUUCACAUCUCCGCCCCAACCCAUAUCAAGGCGAAUCUCAAAGCCGAAACCAAUCCACCACAUCCAUUGCCAAAAUCCCCUCUCUCGAACCCACCGCCCUAGAAAUCGCCCAAGAAAUCCCCGACCUCGCCAUCCGCGCCAUAGUCUCCUUCUACCCUCCCACCGAUUUCCGCCAAACCCGCGAUGAAAAACGAGCUACAAACCCCGCUCCAGAAAAGAACCUCCCUCCAAUGCUCACCCGUCUCUUCGAUCAAUCUUACAUGAACCCCAUCGAGUCCAUCGACCUCCGUGAUCCCUAUCUUUCCCCAGCAGCAGCCACAGAUGGAUUUCUCCGCGACGCCUAUCCCCAAGACAUCGUCCUCUACACCUGCGAAUAUGACAUGCUAAACGCAGAAGGUAUCGCCUUUGGCGAACGCCUCUCCUCUUCCGCAAUCGGCAAAUCCGUCAAAGGCGGCCUGAUAAAUUGCGUCCCUCACGCCUUCGAUAAAAAACCCAAUCCCCUCAGUUUCCCCAAAGCUGCAGAUCGCUGCUACGAAGAAGCAUGCGCGGAGCUCGCCCGCGUCUUCGGAACCGGAAAAACAAGCGAGGAAGAUCGAAGACAGCUGGGCAAGAGUAAAGUCGUCGAUCGAUUCGAGGAACAGGAUAAAAUAGUUGGCGUCUCGGAUCGCGCGCGGGAUUUGAUUGAUAAUACGAGUCUAGCGGAAGGAAGAAGAGAGAGCGGCAUGGCGGAUAAUCAUAGGGGUGUAGAGGGGGAGGGAAGUAGAAGUAUAAGUUCGGAAGCGCAAGUUCUAAAAGAUUUUGAGAAGGAGGCGGAUAAGGUUAUCAAGAAAAACGGAGGGAUUGAUGAAGAAGCUGUGGUUUAGAAAGUGCUUUAGCUUAGUUGCUUUGGCUUGGUCGAAGCUGACCGGGCAUUGGGGGUGAUGUUUAGGAUGAAGAUGAGGAUGAAGAUGAGAAGACUUUAAGAUACUUUCUCCUUCGAUUCAGACAUACUUGUUUCUUGCAAAUUUCUUCUCGUCUUCUUCUUCCUCUUCAUGUCUCUUUUCUUCCUCUUCAUCUUCUUUUUCUUCUCCUCCCUCAUCUUCAUCUUCAUCCUCUUCCUCUUGACUUCUAAAACGACAUGACUAUGACUAUAACUAUGACAACCGAAUGAAACGAAAUCACACCACACCACAUCACAUCACAUCGCAUCUCGUUACAAUACAUUACAACACCGAACCUGAUCUUAUCUUACGAAGUCGACUAGGCAGGCCGGGGGCGGAGGGGUGUGCGGAAAAAUGAAUGGAUAGAUAGACAGACAGACAGACAGACGGAGACGGACAAUAUAGACGCACUUGAAGAAAGACAAAAAGACAGAAAAAAACAAACAGAAAGACAGGCCGACCGACCGACGAAAUACAGACAGACUACUACAAGCAAAGACAGACAGACAGACAGAUAAAAAAAAAGUUCAACGAAGAACAAUCCUUUUAUUUUAUUUUCAUUUUGUUUGUUUCUUUCUUUCUUCCUUUCUUUCCCUCCUUA